UCUGCAAGACAUGUUUUGGCUAUGGAUGCCUUUGCAAAUAAAUCAACAUUAGCAUUCCUUAAGACAUAUUGUGGUGAAGAUAUUCGUAUAAUUGAUAAUAGAUACCAGCUUUGUGUAGGUAAGAUGGUUGAAUUUAUUUAUGAUUCAAAUAGUAGAGCAGAAACCAUGCAAAUAGGGUAUGAGUUUCUAAAGCAGGGUAAACGUAUGGCAUUUAUAUCUACUGGAGCGGUAAUAGCUAGAGCAGUGAUGGAUAUAGAUGGAAGACAACGUCAAAAAGACUUUUCUGAUAUUAAUGUCACUUGGGAUGAACUUGAUUGCGUAACUUAUACAAAUACAGUGAAGGCGGGAAUAUCAUUUGAGGUUACAGAUUACUUCGAUAUAGUUAUAGCUAUUACAAAUAUCGCUACCCCAGUUCAUGUUGAGGCUCUUGUACAAAUGCUUUAUCAAAUUCAUGACUGUCCUCGCCAUAUUGUUUCUAUAUUCUAUCAGAAAAAUUCUAAUGAACUUUUUCGCCCGCUAGGUCAUGAAAAUAUUCAAGCAGAACUAGAAAAUACUUGGCCUAAUAAUUUACCUACAUCAAUAAAGGGCUACUGUGAAUGGGAUAGCAACGCUAUUUCUUAUAAAAUUGACAAAUUUCCUGCUGUAAUAAUAUUUAUUGAAGUUAAGCAUCAGAAACACCUUUCUACAAGAUAUUUUAUUGAGAAGCUUUGCAUCCGUAAUGAGGUUAGGGUUGAAGCACUAGUUAUCAAGGAAACAGAUUUUGAUGCGGUUGCUACUUCCCAGAAUCUUAAUCCUGAAGAAGCUGAAAAUCUUAAGUUUGAUCAAGAGUGCUCUAUUCCAGAUACUAUGGCACUUAAACAUUUCUAUAUGCGAAAUAUUUAUGGUAAAGAUAUGGACGAUGAGAUUUGGGAUAACCUUUGCAAUAAAAA